AUGUCCAACUACACCUCCCGUCAAUCCCUGGCCCCCACCUCCUCGCGCAACCACAGCUCCCACGGCAGCAACCCCUCCAUCAACCAAACCACUCGGCUAUCUACACUUCCCAUCCAGGCCUCCAAGCAGCGUCAACUGUCGCAUUUGAACUCUCAGCUCGCACAACUCACAGCACACAUGGCCGAUCUCGAAAAUCUGUUGCGCAUGACGGCAGUCCAGGCAGAGGGAAUGCGAGGCUUGGGCGGCUAUGCUGGUGGCAUGUUUAUGGCUGCUAGUAAAGUGUUGGGUGAAGAGGCUGUCAAGAAUGAAGCCAAGGAUGAGAGGCAGGGGAGAUGA